CUCCUUUCGCUUUCCCGCCUUUACAGAAACCAUAUAUUAUAUAGACACAGACUCGCGCUCUCCGAGCACGCGAACUCACACAUGCACUCAUCAGUUUAGAGAUACAAGCGUCACCAAGCCCCCUCUCACUCUCUCCAUGGACGAAGAUUUGCAGGAACAGAACAAGCUUCCUGAGCUCAAACUAGAUGCUAAGCAAGCUCAGCGGUUUCUUUCAUUCUUCAAAACCCUACCCGAUGACCCGAGGGCUGUUCGGUUUUUUGAUCGGCGGGACUACUAUACUGCACAUGGCGAGAAUGCAACUCUCAUUGCAAAAAUGUACUAUCAUACUACCACUGUUUUGCGUCAAUUAGGUAGUGGAUCUGACGGUAUUUCCAGUGUGAGUGUAAGUAAAAACAUGUUUGAAACAAUUGCUCGCAACCUGCUUUUGGAGAGAACAGACCAUACCCUUGAGCUUUAUGAGGGAAGUGGCUCAAAUUGGAGAAUGGUGAAAAGUGCAACACCGGGAAAUCUUGGCAGUUUCGAAGAUGUUUUGUUUGCUAACAAUGAGAUGCAGGACACUCCUGUGAUUGUGGCACUCUUCCCAAAUUUUCGUGAGGUUGGAUGCAGUGUUGGGUUAGGUUACAUUGAUAUAACAAAGAGGGUACUUGGAUUGGCUGAAUUUCUUGAUGAUAGUCACUUUACAAAUGUGGAGUCAGCUUUUGUUGCUCUUGGUUGUAGGGAAUGCCUUUUGCCUAUAGGAAGUGCCAAGUUAAGUGAAAGUAGAAUUUUACAUGAUACAUUAUCAAGAUGUGGUGUGAUGUUAACAGAAAGAAAAAAAUCUGAGUUUAAGGCAAGGGAUUUGGUGCAGGAUCUUGGUAGGCUUGUCAAAGGUUCUAUUGAACCAAUUCGAGAUUUGGUUUCUGGGUUCGAAUAUGCACCUGAGGCUUUGGGAGCAUUGCUGUCUUAUGCAGAAUUACUUGCUGAUGCUAGCAAUUAUGGAAAUUUUACCAUUCGACAGUAUAAUCUUGACAGCUACAUGAGGUUAGAUUCUGCAGCUAUGAGGGCACUAAAUGUCCUUGAGAGCAAGAAUGAUGCAAACAAAAAUUUUAGUUUGUUCGGUCUGAUGAAUAGAACCUGUACUGCUGGGAUGGGAAAACGAUUACUGCACAUGUGGCUGAAACAGCCUUUAUUAGAUGUAAAUGAAAUCAACUCAAGGCUGGAUUUGGUACAAGCUUUUGUAGAAGAUACUGCACUUCGCCAGGAUCUAAGGCAACAUUUAAAACGUAUCUCAGAUGUUGAGCGAUUGACACGCAAUCUUGAAAAGAGGAGAGCUAGUUUGCAGCAUAUUGUAAAACUUUAUCAGUCAAGCAUUAGGCUUCCAUACAUCAAAAGUGCCCUGGAGCGAUAUGAUGGGCAAUUUUCAUCUCUGAUAGCAGAAAGAUAUUUGGAUCCCCUACGGCUCUGGACAGAUGAUGAUCACUUGAAUAAAUUUAUUGCUCUUGUAGAGACUGCAGUUGACCUCGAUCAACUGGAAAAUGGAGAAUGUAUGAUUUCAUCUGGUUAUGACCCAAAACUGUCUGCACUGAAGAGCGAGCAGGAUUCACUAGAACGAAAAAUACACAGUUUGCAUAAGCAAACUGCUGAUGAUCUUGAUCUGCCUAUAGAUAAGGCUUUAAAGUUAGAUAAGGGCACACAAUUUGGGCAUGUAUUUAGGAUUACAAAGAAGGAAGAGCCUAAAAUUAGGAAAAAGCUCACUACCCAGUUUAUUGUCCUCGAAACCCGAAAAGAUGGGGUAAAGUUCACAAACACGAAGCUCAAAAAAUUGGGGGACCAGUACCAAAAGAUUCUUGAGGAGUAUAAAAGUUGUCAGAAAGAGCUGGUCACUCGCAUAAUUGAUACUACUGCUACAUUCUCUGAGGUGUUUGAGUCUUUGGCUCAAUUGCUCUCAGAGUUGGAUGUGUUACUGAGUUUUGCAGACCUGGCUGCUAGAUCCGUUACUCCCUACACAAGACCAGAUAUCACAUCCUCAGAUACAGGCGACAUUAUAUUAGAAGGUAGCAGACACCCAUGUGUGGAGGCUCAAGAGUGGGUAAAUUUCAUUCCAAAUGAUUGUAAACUCGUUAGGGGGAAGAGUUGGUUCCAAAUCAUCACCGGGCCUAACAUGGGUGGAAAAUCAACUUUCAUUCGACAGGUUGGUGUGAAUAUUUUGAUGGCACAAGUUGGUUCUUUUAUUCCUUGUGACAAAGCUAGCAUUUGUGUUCGUGAUUGCAUUUUUGCUCGUGUGGGUGCUGGCGACUGCCAACUUCGUGGAGUUUCCACAUUCAUGCAAGAAAUGGUCGAGACGGCAUCAAUACUGAAAGGAGCUACUGAUAAAUCAUUGAUAAUUAUUGACGAAUUGGGUCGCGGGACAUCAACAUAUGAUGGAUUUGGUCUAGCUUGGGCCAUUUGUGAGCACCUCAUUGAAGUCAUUAAAGCGCCUACUUUGUUUGCUACUCACUUUCAUGAGCUGACUGCAUUAGCUCAUGAAAAUGCUGAUAACAAGUUGUCAUCUGAGAAGCAAAUCGUUGGUGUGGCAAAUUAUCAUGUCAGCGCACACAUUGACUCUUCGAGUCGCAAGUUGACUAUGCUUUACAAGGUUGAGCCAGGGGCUUGUGAUCAAAGUUUUGGUAUUCAUGUUGCAGAAUUUGCAAAUUUUCCCGACAGUGUUGUUGUUCUUGCCAGAAAAAAGGCCAAUGAGUUGGAAGAUUUCUCUCCUAUGGCACUGAUUUCAGAUGAUGUUACAAAAGAGGUAGGGUCGAAACGGAAGAGAGAAUUUGAUUCCCAUGACAUGGCUAGAGGUGCUGCCAGGGCUCAUCAAUUCUUAAAAGAAUUCUCUGAAUUGCCAUUAGAGUCAAUUGACUUGAAGGAGGCUCUGCAGCAAGCGAGCAAGUUGAGGAAUGACUUGGAGAAAGAUGCAGUGAAGUGUAGCUGGCUCCAGCAGUUCCUAUAGUUACUAGUUGAAAUGCUGCCCUUAACCCACCUUUUUCUCUUUUACAUCCACUGCUGUAAAUUAAUUGCUUCUCAACGGAUUAUUGGAAAAUGGUACACCCAGGGAGGGAAAGUGCUCAACAAGUGCUGAUUUUCCCACUGCCUAUUCUGCCUAUUCUGACAUCUAAAAUACAACUGAAGGCUUCAAUUUCAGAUGGCAUUGGUUUGUCUUUUGGGCAGUUGGUACUGUUCGGCUUUGUUGCAGAGUUGCCAGUUGGUUUUACCUUUCUUCCUCCUGGUUUUUGAAUUUGUUUAGAGCAAGGAAACCAGUCAGAGCUUCCCAAUUUAUGAAUAUUUAUCACUUAAAAUGUGUUAUGUCUAUGGGCCAAAGGUAGGUUGUGUGAAAAUAUCAUGUUUGCGUAGCGUUUCUUUUAUUUUGAACUAGUCUCCUGAUAUCUGAUGGGUGUACAAAUGUUGGAGAGGUUUUGUUAGAACUAGUUUGUGGAGAUGGAGAUUUGAGAUGUUUCCUCGUCCCAGGAAAAUGAGUCAGAUCAUUUUGCCUAAUUAUUAAAGUUAGGCGUUUUGUAAUUUCAACAGCUUAAUGUAAUGAUUUUGGUCCAACUUUAAUGUUAUAUUGCCCAUUUUAACUCA